UGAAGAAGAGGAGGAUGAAGCUGGGAGCGGAGGAUGGGAGGAAGAGUGGAGUAAGAGACAGGCUAGCUGUGUGUGUGUGAAUGAGUGAGUGAGUGAGGAAGAGGAGAGGAAGGUCGUCGGAGGGACCGAAAACAAAGACUUGUAUUUUUUGGAUAUAACCUCCGGAACAUUACUAACGGAAACUUUCAACUUUUUACCCGCCACAGCUCGGCUUGUUGUGCCCGGAGCCGGCUUUGUUUCACGGCGGGGGUGUCUACGAUAAAUGAAGGAAUAAAAUAGAUCCCCAUCGACCUUUUUCUACCCAAGCGGGGAAUACCCGGGGACUGAUUUUGAUAAAGGUUACGAGAGAAUGGCGGCCAACAUGUACCGAGUGGGAGAUUACGUGUACUUUGAGAACUCCUCCAGCAACCCUUACCUGAUCCGCAGAAUAGAAGAGCUCAACAAAACAGCCAAUGGGAACGUGGAGGCCAAGGUGGUGUGUCUGUUCAGGAGGCGAGACAUCUCAGGCAACCUCAACACUCUGGCUGACAGCAACGCAAGAGAGUUCGAGGAGGAGUCAAAGCAGCCGUCGCUGGCUGAACAACAGAAACACCAGCUCAAACACAGAGAACUCUUCCUGUCUCGACAGUUUGAAUCUCUACCUGCCACUCACAUACGGGGGAAAUGUAAUGUCACCCUCCUCAAUGAAACAGAUGUCUUGGCCGGCUACCUAGAGAAAGAGGAUUGUUUCUUCUACUCGCUGGUGUUCGACCCGGUGCAGAAGACCCUGCUGGCAGACCAGGGAGAGAUCCGGGUGGGCUCCAAGUAUCAGGCAGAGAUCCCUGACAAGCUAGCUGAAGGUGAAUCAGACAACAGGAUCCAGGAGAAGCUGGAGACCAAGGUGUGGGACCCUAACAACCAGCUCAAAGACCCUCAGAUCGACCAGUUCCUGGUGGUGGCAAGAGCUGUGGGGACAUUCGCUCGCGCCCUAGACUGCAGCAGCUCCAUCCGUCAGCCCAGCCUCCACAUGAGUGCAGCUGCAGCUUCCAGAGAUAUCACACUGUUCCACGCUAUGGACACGUUGCAGAAGAACAGCUAUGACUUGGCCAAAGCCAUGUCCACCCUGGUGCCUCAGGGGGGGCCGGUGCUCUGCCGCGACGAGAUGGAGGAGUGGAGCGCCUCCGAGGCCAUGCUAUUCGAGGAGGCUCUGGAGAAAUACGGAAAAGACUUCAACGACAUCCGCCAGGACUUCCUGCCCUGGAAGUCUCUAGCCAGCGUGGUCCAGUUCUACUACAUGUGGAAGACUACAGACCGCUACAUCCAACAGAAACGACUAAAGGCAGCAGAGGCAGACAGCAAGCUGAAGCAGGUGUACAUCCCCACCUACACCAAACCCAACCCCAAUCAAAUCAUGGUCCCAGGCAGCAAGCCUGGGAUGAACGGAGCAGCAGGCUUUCAGAAAGGACUCAGCUGUGAGAGCUGCCACAGUAAGUACAGCCUGGAUCUGACCAGAGAGGAAGGACGUUAUUUGUCAGCGGCCCAGUCCCCUCAGUGGUACGCCUGGGGCCCUCCCAACAUGCAGUGCAGACUGUGCGCCUCCUGCUGGAUCUACUGGAAGAAAUACGGAGGCCUGAAGACCCCCACACAGCUAGAGGGCGCCGCUCGAGCCGGCUCUGAGUCAGGGCCCCGCGGUCACAUGACCCGCCAGGAGGUCCAGGGCCUGUCACCGUUCACUCGCAACGAGGGGCGAGCCAAGCUGCUGGCCAAGAACCGCCAGACGUUCAUCCUGCAGACCACCAAGCUGACCCGCGUGGCCCGGCGGGUGUGUGAGGACAUCCUGCAGCCUCGCCGCGCCGCCAGACGGCCCUACGCCUCCAUCAACGCCAACGCUGUCAAGGCAGAGUGUAUGAUCCGGCUGCCCAAAGCUACAAAAACUCAAGUAAAGACCAAGGUGAUACCUCGACAGUCUCUGGCCACCAUAGUGAAGGAUUUAGCCAUAUCUGCUCCUCUGAAACUGAAGGCGUCCAGAGGACCCCCGACACCCAUCAACAGGAACCAGGCCAGCCAGCCUCGUGGGGCCCAGAGCCUGCUGGGGAAGAGAGGCUUCGACAGCGCUACAGGGGUGCCCUACCCAGCCAAUGGGAGGCCGUACACUUCAGGUAUGAGGACCACCUCCCAGUCUGUCAUCAAGCGGCAGAAGGUCAGCCAGGGGGAGGCUCCUAACCCCGUGGUGUUUGUGGCCACAAAGGAUACCAGGGCUCUGAGGAAACAUCUAACCCAGUCAGAGAUGCGUCGAGCAGCCAGGAAACCUCACCUCCCGGUCCGGAUCAAGCUGCCACCUCCCCCUCGUUCCCUCGUGUCCCUGCUCCCCUCCAGCACCAGUGAACCCAUCGUCCUGGAGGACUGAAGGGGGAGGGGACAGCGGGGUCUUUUAACAGGACAUGGGGGAGAGGGGGGGGGGGGGGGUCUGUGCUCAGGUCGUCACUUACCAGGCAGCACAGUACGUCAUACCAGUAGUCUUUUAUUUUCCCUCUUUUCAGUGUCAUUUUUCUUUAGUCCUCUGUUACUCCCCAAAAAGUGGAUGUGUCCAACACAAACACACACACACACACACACACACACACACACACACACACACACACACACUUUGAUGACUGUGCAUUUCAUUUUAAUUAACACACUGACACUCACACACCUUGGGCUUUUUGUAGUAUUUUAUUCCAGAAUCCUGAAUUAUUUUUUGCUCUCCAAUUUUAAUGCCGCCUGUUUUUAAAUGUGUAAUUUAAAAUCAAGAUAUUUCUCAUCCUGAAACAAUGAUGACAAAGCACACUUUGUUUUUCCUCCACGUCUCUAUCUUUGUGUAA